AUGACUCAGCAGCAACCCCCUACAUAUCAGCAAGUUGUCGGAAUAGUGGAAAGUUUUGGAGUAGAAGCAAAUGCGACAAUAGAACAAUACCUCAGAAAAUCACAAAGCAGCGGGUGGCAGACACUAAUUCUCAACACCUGUACGACACUAACAAAUAUUAGGCGGAUACAUGAAAUUACUACACUACAACAAUUACAGUUGAUAAAUUGCCAAGGUAUUACUGAUAUCAGUGUCCUGAGGGAUUUCAGGAAUUUGAUAGCACUUGAUAUUUCCUAUUGCAAUAAUAUUCGUGUUUUUAAUGUUCUGAAAGGUUGCAUGAAGUUGAAGUUAGUUAAUGUUUCUUGUUUGGGCGUUCAAGAUGCGAGCUUUUUUGGUGGCAUUACUUCACUUAUGGCUGUGAAGCUUCGUUAUUGUGGUCAUUUAGGUGAUACGUCUGCACUUAGGGGAAUGAGUCAACUGAGGGCGUUCGACGUCACAGAUUGUUAUAAUACUAGUGUGGAUACAGAUUUUUUAAAAACUCUUCCGUCAUUGGAUACAAUCCAUAUGUCUGAGAAUUGUGUUGAUGAUGCGAUUCUUUGUGAAGUUAGAGGAAGAGGGGUGAACGUAAAAGAGGUGGAGUUGCCUUUGAAGGGGAUGGGGCCCAAGCAACUUGGUGAAAAAAUAGCUUAA